AUUGCUCCCAAAUCCUUUUCGCUUAUCAAUUCCAGUAGCUCAUCCUCAUUUUGGAUAAAUGUUAUAAUUUUUUUGCUUUUAAAAAAAACAUUUUUUUUUUUUGCUAGAUUGUUUUUAUAUGCUUAAUCCUACAAAACUGUAAUCAUGUAGGGCACGGGCUACAUUCCAGCUACUGCAGUAGAAAAAGGACACCUUUUUUUUUCUUUUCAACUCCCUGACAUGAAAACAUACACUGGGUUAUUCGCUAAACACCAGAUUUUGUUCAAAAUGAAAGAAUUCCAACUGCAUUGGCAAUUCAGAUUUUCUAAAGCCAAACGUGGUCAGGAUUCGUUCAGUCAGACCAAUUCUGUAACAUUUGUUCGGAUGCGUUCAGAAAAUGACUAAUAUCUGCAAUGGAACCAAAUUAUGGCACAGGAAUCGAAACAUGGAAUCUGGCAGAAUGCACGUUUGCAAAUUAUCAUUCACUUGCUUUUUGUAAGUGAAUUGAUCAUUUGAAGAACUGUGUGCCACUUUGCCACAACAGAUAGGGGCAUGACUACUAAAUAUCUGAACCUAAAGACUGGAAGGACCUAUUGUCCCCUUCCCUCGCUUCUUCCUACCGGAGGUGUGUAUGGGCCCUAAUAUUACUAAUACAGGUAGGUGGAAACCUAUUGUCUUCUCUCCCGUGGCCCCUGCCCAUAGGUGGCAUUUAGACACUCUAAUUAUAAAAUAAAAGGGUAGCUAGGGAUUGGAGACACCCAGCCACAUGGGGCCUAGACAAUGGCAUUUUCAUCAAUUAUAUAUUUUAUUUGGGCUGCCACCCAUAGGUAGGAUCCAGAGGAGGGGACAAUAGGUCUCCCCCCUCUGUUAUUUCACUUGCCUCAUGGGAGCUUUUAUAGCUAGGUUUAGACAUUUUGUAGAUAUUCCCCCACCUUCCUCAUGGCAAGUUGGGGCAUAUUGGAGGUACAUUACCUCCAUUAUAGCAAUAUGCGGGUCAUUUUAAUCAUGAUAUGAUUUUUAUUUAUUUAUUUUACUUGUUUAAUGUGCUGCCUGGCUAGGCGCCACAUAAUUAACUUGCGCGCCACUGAGGAUAUUGUAACUAUUUAGCUGUUACUGUUCAGUAGUUGACACCUCCAAACCUAAAUGUAUUCAUUCGUUUCAGAUUUUAGCCUUUUGUCAGCUUUCGGUUUGGCUAAAAUCUGGACCAAAUGAAGGCCGUUUGGGGCCUGAUUUAGAAAAAAUAAAUCUGGGCAUUGAUGAAUCAAUUGAUAAUGUCCGGAUGUUGCCGUCCGAUUUAUCCCCAUUUGCAGCUGUAUGCCUUGGCCCCAUUCGGUUCGGUGCCAUUCAGGGUUUAGUGUAUAAACCCUAACAAUUUGUAUGAAUUCUUGAUGAUCCUUAGAAUCUUCCAAGUGUAACAGGGCAUCCAGGCCAGCCACUCUCCCUCUGAGUAUAAUUAAUGUAAUUGACAGAAUGACACAAGAUAGAGUUAUUAAAAUUAUUUAAUACCAUGCUCCUUCGGUUAAAAUGCGUAUACUUUAUCCAUUAUUUGAUGUCAAGAAAUUGUCUGGCUGUGGUUGAUGAGUUUUAAUCCAACAUAAGGAUGGAAUGCCCCCUUUUCUAUCCCCUUCCUUUCUUGUUACCACAUAUUAUAACUGUUACAUUUAUUUUUUAUUCCAAUAUUGUAUCGUAUUGUUCGAUAAAAAGCUGUAGAUAAAAACAAUUUUGAAGAGUUUUAAUCCAAAAGCAGUCGGUUCAAGGACAGUACAUUUUUGUUUGGGAGAAUGUGCUCUGUAAAAAUCAUCUGCACAGCCAGAAAAGAGCCACGUGUGGUACAUUGGGGCUGACCUCUUAAAUUGUGACCCUUUUACAGGUCUGCGCCUCCUAAAUUAUUGAGGGUUUAACUUAAACCAGAUAAAAACAUGGACUUUGUUUUAUUUUUCGAGGCUUUUAGGAGUUCAUAACAUGUUCUUGUCUUCAGUUUAUAAAAAAGAAAGGGGAAAAGGCAAUGUCAUCUAAUUCAUUCUUACUUACACUGCAUCAAUAGAAGUCUGCCAUCUUUUGGUAAUUUGCAAUAAUUACAAGCAAUAUUGCUGAGAACGUACUCUGCUAAAUACCACUCUAAAAACAAAUGGACAUAUAGAAUUACCAUAUUUAAAAUUACAAGUGCAAGAGUUUUACAAUGUUUUCUUUUUUAAGUUGUUUUAGCUACCUCAAAUCAUAAUGGAGUACGGUCAAGGCUGUGCAGAGGACCAUGCGUAGAUGUAAAAAAAAAAGGCAAACCUGUCUUGUUUAUUAUACCUGCAUUGAAAUUAUGUGUUCUAAGAUGCAUUGUCUUUUUUCCUAGAAUAAAGAAUUGAAAGGCAAAGUGGAAAAGGUCGGCAACAAAACACAAAAAAUCUCCAAAGGCACUAGUGUAAAGUAAGUUUUGUGGAUGUUACGGUUAUCCUGUUUUAUUUUUUAUUUUAUUUUUUCUGUUUUUUUAUUUGUCUUGGUUAGCAUUAUAAUGCAGAUAUUUAGUGUUGUGUGAAGUUGUUUCAAAUUCUCUAACCUGUACCCAUCUUUAGCAAAUUUUAAAGAUUACAAGGACCAUUUAAGUUAUACUUUAAAUCAGGUGACCUUGAUGCUGGGAAAGAAUUAUGGGAUUUAUAUUUCUACAACAGUUACGUCUUGGCCACCCCUAAUAUAAAUAUAUUACAGAGAUCUGCAGUACAAAUAUUAGCCAUCUAUGCUUUAUCCCCUCCAAACUACCCACCAUAUCAUGGCUGGCCAUUAUAUUACAAAUUACACCAAAAAUGCCUACCUAACAUGGAAUAAACAUGUUGCACAGCUUGUAAUCUUAAAGGGAAACUCAAGGUAUGUAAAUGUAUGUGUGUAUAUAUAAGAUGCCAAAAUACCAGAGUAUUGCAGUAUGUAUUGAUACUUUUUUUUUUUUUAUUGGACUAACAUAAUAUUUCAAAGACUAGUUUUCAAGCGGUUUCCUCUUUCUCAGGUCCAAAGCAAUACUGCAAUACUCUGGUAUUUUGGCAUCUUGUCUACCUGACUAAUACACUAAUGCUCUGUGAUACACUAAACAGCAACUUCAAAAAACACCUAAUCUAGGCAAAAUAAUAGGGGUGUAGUUACAGUUUACAUUGCACAAUCCUGCCACAACGUUAAUGUACCCCAUUUUUGGCAGGUCCUAUUCUAACAACCUAAUGUCUGCUUAAUAUACCCGAAGUUCAUAUUUAUAGCAAGAGACAUGUGCAAUUUGCUUUUUUUGACUACUCAUUUAAUUCAACAAUUUUAGUAAAAUUGAUCCGAGGGGUUAAUUGUGUUCUAACUAUUUUUUUCCCCACAAAUAAAACCUACAUUGUACCGGUACAAUAUCAUGGACCAUCAGGGUAUGAAAUUGGCACAGCAGUGGUUUGUAUUUUACAUUUUCCAGUAAAGCUGUUUGAGUAUAAUCACUGAUUCAGACAAAUAAUUAAAACAUGACAGAAGCAAUCUAGGACAUCCUCAUAACAUGGGUCCAUCUAUUCUGGAGCCACAAACAUACAAAACAAUGUUUUGACCAAAGGUGGUCUUUAUCAUCACUUUGAACAAAAAAAAAACCAAAAAACUAAAGCCAUCAUUUUGGUCAAAACAUUGCGUUCUGUGUUUGUAUCUGCAGAAUAAAGAGACUCCUGUUAAGAAGAUGUACCGGACGGCAUCUGUUAUUUUUUUUUUUUAAUACUUAUUGCUGAGUUGGCCAGAACCAGUGUCUGUGCUCUCUUGGUGGUAAGUGUGUUCCAUUAUUAUUUACCAACUGGAAAACUGGUUACUGUGGUCAUUUUUAAUAAAUGUCAAUUUGUCAAUUUGUGACAUUUUUGUUCAGUAUGCACUCAUGUAAUUGGUUUUGUAUUGCAGAGAAUCUAUGUUGGAUACAAUGUCUCCCUACUUCAUGCUUCGGAAUACUCAAAAUAAAUUCCUGAAAGGGACAGAAAAGACUUGAUGUGUUCAGCUCACAAAGAAAGAAGUUCAUUUUAAUUUAUUUCCAAUACACGCCUUUCUUUUGAUGUUCGAAGGCCUACUUCAAUUUGGAUGAAUCAUCCACUUGACUAUUCCGUCCGUGCGGAUCAAAGAUUUCAGUAUAACAGAUGAUGCAUUCAUUGUUUAUUAUUUAAUCAUUACACAUAAUGUUAACGUCGGUAUUCAUGUUGCUUCAGGAACAAACAUAAUAUUUGGAAGAUGAACUGUAACUAAAAUCCUUUUGUUGAAUAUAAAAUCUGUCAAACAAGAUUGUAAAUAGUAUUGGUGCAUUUUGUGUGCUGGUCUUACAUGCCUUUUAUCUUGUAAUUUUUCAGUAAAUAUUAUUGAUGCUAAUUGUGCAAAUAAAGUAAAGUUGUUAACAUA